AUGGCGUCGUCGAAUCUGAUAGUGAACGUAAAUAACCUGGAAAAAAUAGAGAAUUUCCUAAACGAUUCCACGUACAAGGAGAUAAUUGAAAACAGUGAAACGUUCAACACGCGGUUAUGCCUCGAACGACGCCUUCGGAUGCCGUUUCUCGACCCUCAGACGGGUGUUGCUCAAAAUCAUUGUGCGCUGUUUAUGCAUAGCCGCCACCGGAUCCCCGGCCUGAAGAAUGGACAGGUGUACAGUUAUCCGGCUGCCCGCUGGCGUAAAUCCCGUCGGCAGUAUCUGCUGCAAAAACCGCACCCGCCCUUCCCGGCGUACACGCACCGGCCGUUUGGUCAUUUGCAGCCGGCGCCUCCACCAUCGAUUCUGCCCGGCGGAGGCGUAGGCGUGGACCGAAGCGGCAGCGGCACCGGUGGUGGCAAUAGCACCUACGAUUCGGAAAACUCUAACCUGGAUCAAUCGAGUGCAGUCGAUGCUUCAGAUCUGAAAGAGCACGAGUCGGAGAAAGUGGGUAAAGAUUGGUACUACGACGAGAUGGAAAUGCACGACAUGGAAUCGUUCGAAGACCACGAUCUGCCCGACUCCGACUGUGACUACGAGGAAAGCUUCAGUCAGCGAAAGAAAAAGAGCAAGAGCGCCCGUAGUGGUGGGGGUGGAGGCGGCGGGGGCUCUGGUGGGGGGCGCAAUAAGUCGGGCGGUUCCUCCUUAUCGGACGCGAAUAAUCGGCGUGGUGGCAGGGGCGGCGGACGGGGCCGAGGACGCAAAUCGCAAGGUAUUGGGGGCGAGCUGGGUCCCAGCUUCAAGGAUAUGGUGGAAACACCGAAGAAGAACCGUGUUCAAACACUACCCAACCUCACACCCCAAUCGAACAGCUCAUCCCCAUUGACCCUGCCCGGAGGAGGAGGAGGAGGCGGAUCCGAUGAGCUCCCGAUGCCGGAACUGGUGCCGGAAGUGAAAAGCGAGAGUGGCGGCGAACCAACGGAUGGAACGGGACCACCGAAGCUUGGCAGCAACCGUCCCGGGGUGACCGCUAACCAUGCCACUGGACCGGGGACCAACAGCUCCCCAGGUGGCCACAUGGGCGUCAUGAGCGGUCUAGGCCCAACGGUUGGUGGGCCUCCGCCAGCGCCAGCCAUUGGCCCCGGGCCGGGCCCCGGAGCAUGCGCUCCGGUCGGAGUAAUGGAGAAAAGCCGCGCUGUGCCAUCGCCCUACUGUGACUUUUGUUUGGGUGAUGCGCGGGAAAACAAGAAAACAUUCGAACCGGAAGAACUAGUGUCCUGUUCGGAUUGUGGUCGAUCGGGCCACCCGUCUUGUCUGCAGUUCACGGCAAAUAUGAUCAUUUCCGUGCGCAAGUAUCGAUGGCAGUGUAUCGAGUGCAAGUACUGUACUAUUUGCGGUACGUCCGACAACGACGAUCAGCUGCUGUUCUGCGAUGACUGUGACCGCGGGUAUCAUAUGUACUGCCUUUCGCCACCGCUCGUUUCGCCACCCGAGGGUUCCUGGAGCUGCAAGCUGUGCAAAGAAGAGUUCCACAAACCCAAGUAAAAAUAAAAGAACGACUUUGCGCGGCAAUAGGCAGCUUGCAUUGACCGUGGCGGCUGGGACCUGGAAUGGCCGAGAUCGAGAAGAGGACAGUGCGUUGGCAAAAUUGUGUGAUGGCAAAUGCACAAAAACUAACUACGAUGUGUAGCGUGAAUUCGCCAUGCCGCUAGGACUGGGACUCCUCUGCCACACGGUCCACGGCGCAGGUAUUAAUCACAAAGCGACAAUUUAGUAUUAAGUGUGAAAACACAAGCAAUUGUACUAUGACUUCGAAACCGGGUCGAUCGUUCGUUCGAUCGUAUCGAUAUUAACUGUCUCACUAGGUAACUAUCGCACAUGCUCAAAAGAAGGGAAAAAAAGAAAACAAAAGAAAAAUGGAUACAAAAAUUCGUAAAAAAGAAAACCAAUACACAGGCGUCGCAUAGUGCGCUCGUGCAAUAGUAAUAAUCCCUCGUAUCAGCUCCGUGUCG